AUGGCGUGGCUCUUCGAUGACCUAAAGAAAAAGGCCAACGAGGCGCUGAAGGUCUUUGAGCCGCCGAAGCAGGAAACGGAAGAAAAAGAGGAACCAAUUACAAAAACAGAAGGAGAAGGAGCUUCACCUGCGGAAAAUCAGGAUAAACCUGAAACCCCAACCACCACCACCGCCAGCUUCAUCGACACUGAAAAGCUGCAAAGCCAAGGGAUGGCGUUUGCAAGUAAAUUCAUGGAUUUUGCGCGUAAAACAACGGUGGAGGCUCAGAAGCACAUGGAGGCCAUGAAGGAGACCGUUGUCGACAAGACGAUUUUCGGGGAUUUGGAUCGCGAGCAGAAGGCCUUUCAACAGGAGCUGGAUUCAAAGAAGUUGACCGAUGCUGUUGCGCCUUGGGAAGAUCUACCGGAUCAGGUGGCGGCUAAAAAGCAAAUGUUGGCCUUGUCGUCGGAAGAACGUACCUUCCUCCGCGACGCACCCUCGACGCUGCCCUUUACCGAGAAUCAGAUCUCUUCGAUGGCCAAGCUGAUGCUAGAAACGGACCCUAGCCUCGGCCAGAUUCGCUUCAAACUCGUCCCAAAACAGAUUACUGACGAGCGUUUCUGGACCAACUAUUUCUACCGUAUCCACCUGAUCCGGCAGGCAAUGAUGGAUGCAAAUGGGGAAGAGGUGCAGCCAGCCGUAUCAGAGGAGGUUAAGCCGGAAGAAAAGGAACCGUCAUCUUCGAAGGCAACGGAAAAGGAGCUCGAGCUUGAGGUCAAAUCGCAUGAUGAAAAAGUGGAUAGCCCUCACGAAGAAGCCAAAGGAUCGCCAUCAGAUGAGGACUGGGAACGUGAACUGCUCGCGGACCUCAACGACUACGAGCUGGUCAAGGAGGAGACCGGGAAGAAUGACGAGCAAUGGGAGAAGGAGAUUGGCGAUUUGCUGAAUGAGGUCGAUUCCGAGGAAGAGAAGAAGCCU